CAUUUCGGAAAAGUGUCGUAAAGUGAUCAGAACGAGUGAUACGCACGCCACGGUGGACUGUUCAGGACUUUGGAGCGCGUUAGCCCGGUUUGGACUGAUAGCUGCCGUAAUCUGCCGUUUCCAAGGCCUCCUCCGUCAGCUCAGCUCCUCACUGCACAGACAGAGACCGCAGCAGCAUGUCUACACACUUCAGGAGCGGCCCAUCCUUCGGCCUGUCCGCGGAGGUCAAGAGCAAGUUGGCUGGAAAGUACGACCACCAAAAGGAGGAAGAGCUUCGAUUAUGGAUUGAGGAAGUGAGCGGUCAGAGGAUCGGGGACAACUUCAUGGAGAGUCUCAAAGACGGCGUGAUACUGUGCGAGCUCAUAAAUGCUCUCCAGCCUGGCUCCGUGCGAAAGAUCAACCACUCCAGUCAAAACUGGCACCAGCUGGAGAACAUCGGGAAUUUUGUGCGCGCUAUCACAGAGUAUGGCUUGAAGCCUCAUGACAUCUUCGAGGCCAACGACUUGUUUGAGAACGUCAACCACACUCAGGUCCAGUCCACACUCAUCGCCCUGGCUGGAAUGGCCAAGUCCAAAGGUGUCCAUUCCAAGUAUGACAUCGGAGUGAAGUAUGCAGAGAAACAACAGCGACGAUUUGCUCCGGAAAAGCUCAGAGAGGGACGCAACAUCAUCGGUCUGCAGAUGGGCACCAACAAGCUGGCAAGUCAAAAGGGCAUGACUUCCUAUGGCACGCGGCGCCACCUCUAUGACGCAAAGAUUGCCAUGGAUAAUCCUCUGGACCAGUCCACCAUCAGUUUACAGAUGGGCACCAACAAGGGAGCCAGCCAAGCUGGAAUGACAGCCCCAGGAACCCGGCGGCACAUCUUUGACAAGAAGCUGGAGCUGGAGAACUGUGACACCUCCACCAUCUCCCUUCAGAUGGGCACCAACAAAGUGGCUUCACAGCAGGGCAUGACCACCUACGGCCUGCCCCGCCAAGUUUAUGACAACAAAUACUGCGCCAAUCCCACCGAAUACUUCUAUGACAACGGUGACACGGUGGAGUUCGAUGGCUACAACCAGUACUCUGACUGAAGACCCCAAAAUUCAACCCCCCUCCCGCAAUCUUGCUUCAAACAACCCAACACCACUGUCACUGAGACUAUUACGUGUCCAACAUUGACAUCAUUGUUGAUUCAUUCCCCACCGUUUUUUUUUUAAACAAGUGUGUUGUUUGUCUUUCCAUGAGUAAAAGAAAACGAUGGUUUACAUUUAUAAGAAAAUUGGCCAACUCUUCUAUUUUUAGAAAAUACCAUGACAAUUUGUAUUUUGGUCAAUAUUAUCCAAAGAGAUGUUUUAUAAUUUUUGCUAUUUAUACAUUUUUCUAGUGCUUUUAUACUUUCCUUCUAGGGAGUUGUUUUCUUGCCACAUUCAAGUGAGAUGAAUCCUAAAUGGAUACAUUUCUUGGCCAUCUUGGUGCUAAUGAAUGUUGAAUUUGCAGAUUUAUGAUAAUUUCUGUAUUUUAAGAACCUUCGCUGGCUUCCUCUUUGCUCUCCUGCCCACUAUGAGCUGAUUCUGCUUUGCAGGGCAAGUUUUAUGAUGGUUUUGUUUAGCUUAUUAAAGGCUGUUUGUUGAAGAUGGGGGGGAAAUCAAAUGCUUUUGACAGCGAUUGUAAGUAAUACGUUAUGGUAUUCUAUGUUUAGUUUUACAUUUAUGCUCUUCUUGCAGUUGCUGCCUAUCUUUUUCACUUGUGUGUAAUUAACAGCAAAGACAGAGAACUGAGGUGUGACCAGAACAUGGCAAAGGCACAUCAGUGUUUCUUGCUACUGUUCUACUGUUGUUAACCCACCGAACGACCUGAAUGUAUUGUGUCAUGUAUUUUAGGGCUGAAGCUCCCCCUGGUGUUAAUUUCUACAAUGACAAUACCGUGUUCUUUAAGGCAAAGAGAUCGUCUGAUGUGUGAAACUAACACUUAAACAUUGUUAUUGUGCGCCAUCUAGUGUUGUAAGAUAAUUCUUGCCCUUCUUUGAUUUCACUAAAUUAAAUAACAUUGAAAUUUUAAAUAAAAUGUCAUAAAACUUGGAUUUUUUUUAAAAUAAAUUAUAUAUAGAGAUAUUUUAUAUUGCUUGUUUUUAUUCCCAUAAUUGUGAGAGAAACUUUAUAUAAAAUGUAUUUCAACUGUAUUGCAAAUGACUAAUCUUUUGUAUGUCUGUCACUACCUGGCAUUUGUGCAAUAAAACACUUCAAACAUAAAA